AUGGCACAAGCCUUUCCCUACACGUACUACGCCUGCGACUGCUUCGACAGCAACGCGACGACUUCUACCAAACGCACCUCGCAUGUCCUCGCCGCCUUUGACGACGACGAAGAAACUUUGGAUCCCAAGAACCCUCGCUCCAACUACGCUCUGUAUCCACUCGAGCACCUUCUUUACUGUGAAGAUUGUCUGCAAAUACGCUGUCCACGGUGCGUGAUAGAGGAGACGCUGAAUUGGUACUGCCCCAACUGCCUGUUCGAAGUACCAAGUUCCGUGGUGAAGAGCGAUGGCAAUCGAUGCACCCGUAACUGCUUCAAUUGCCCUGUGUGCGUUUCGCCUCUCAUAGUCAACCUCCUCGACAAUCCCGAUGCCGACCAAGGAGUGCCCGAUCGACACAUACUGGCCUGUCCGUACUGCCAUUGGAGUACUAUAGAGACGGGCAUAGAGUUUGAGAAGCACACGGGCGUAUAUUCGCAGAUUGCGCGGAUAGCAAAUGGAGGAAAACCAAUCCCAACGUCCAAAGAGCGAGACAAGGAGCGCGAGAGGCGCAAGGAGCUCGAGGCUCGGCAGCGAGAUUCCAGAAACCCCUUGUCCCCUUCCAGCGACUCGACAGUCAUGGAUGUAGAAAACCACCAACUACCGACCCGCGACGAUCUCUUCUCGAACCUCGGUGCUUUUUACAAAGCACAGCUCGAAUCCCAGACGCCAGCGAACCCUCUGGAAAUGAAUUUCUCCUCGCCCUCAGCUUACUCCCGAAUCAUGAAUCUAUACUCGACAAAUACAGCGAAAAAGCAGAAACGUAACAAGCCAAUGCCUAUGCGAGAGGCUGCGUCAGAACUAGAAGGCCUCGUCACCCAUGACCCUGCAGCAGAUAGCGCAGCGAUCGAGCGCAUCAAGCGGGACGGGUGGGGUAGUACUUUGUCGCCUGCCCAGAAGCUCGCACAACUCGACCCUUACGUGCAAUUCAGUAACGAGCUCCGACCAGUCCCAACUCUUCUUUGCACAAAGAGAUCGAAACGAUGCCGGUCAUGUCGGCACAUCCUAUCCAAACCCGAGUCCAAGAUAACAUCAACUCGGUACAAAAUCAAGCUGCUGGCACUGAACCACAUUCCCCGACUCAGCAUUCGUGCACUACCACCGACCAACCCAGUCGUACCACUUCCUCCAGGCUCUAUGCCCACCCCGCAACCUCCUUUCAAUUACAACAAUCUCCGAUCAGGGAUCGCGACACACUUCCUUUUACAUGUCAGCAACCCGCUCUUCGACCCUAUUCAGGUCACAUUAGCCACUUCAAGCACCACUCCUGGCAAAGUGCAGUCCCGCGUGACAAUAUUAUGCCCCCAGUUCGAAGUUGGCGCCAAUACCGACGUCUGGGACGACGCACUCGCCUCAUCUCCCGCACCCAUGCCCCGCCGCUCAACCAUCAACGCAGAAACAGGGCAGAUCGAAGCAGGAAAAAUUUGGGACAAGGGGAGGAACUGGACAAGUGUGGCUAUCGAAGUCAUUCCGGGCUUCCUUAGUGAGCUUGGGGGCGAGGACGAGUUGGACGAAGACGAGGAUCUGCUUGAGAUACCAAUAUUCGUGCGUCUGGAAUUUGAAGCAGAUGUAAACGCCGAAGAGAGGGGUUUGGGCGAUUCAAGGGGGAGCAAAGGGGAGAGGGAAAAGAGAGAGGAGGCAUUCUGGACAGUUGUUGGUGCAGGACGGAUAGCAAGUGCCUAG